UGUGUAGAGCGAUACACACCGUCGGACGAAAAUGCGCGGUAACGUCAGCCUGUGUAUUUAGUUUUUCAUUUAUAAUUUUCAUAGUACAUCUUCGUUUGCGUGAAACGUUGGCUGAGUAUCAGAAAGACGGAACAAUGACUGAAGGGUGUAACGCCGGUUUAUUGACUUUCUUAGUGUUUAUGAUGGGCAGCGCUGAAGGUUUCCUGGUCCAUGGUCCUGCUGAGCCCAUAGUGACCCAAGAGUCAGGAGAUGUUCUUCUGCCUUGCUUUGUGGAGAACCCACUACCUCUGGAGGAGCUGGAGGUGGUGUGGAAGAGGACAGACUCAGAGGCCAUAGUGCACCUGUUCCAGGAAAGGGAGAGUCGACCAGAAUCACAGGACCCCUUCUACAUGGAUAGAGCUCAGUUCUUCACGCAGGAGAUCCCAAAAGGAAACUUCUCUCUCCUGCUGAAAAAUAUAACAACCAAAGAUGAAGGAAAGUACAAGUGUAUUGUUUACACAGAUCAGGAGCAAAAUGAAACACUCAUGGAAAUGAACAUAGAACGGCUGCUGGUGACUGGUUCAGACAAACCUAUUUAUGCACAUGCUGAUGAGGAUGUCAUCCUCCAGUGCUUUGUGCACACCCAUGUUCCUUUGUCAGAAUUAGAGGUGGAAUGGAUAAAGACAGACAGUGACAUUCUGCUGCUGCUGUUUAGUGAAGGAGAGAUCAAAUCAGAGUCCCAAAAUGAAAGGUACUUGGGCAGAGCUGAGUUCUUCACUGAAGGAAUUCCAAACAGAAACUUCUCUAUGAAACUGAGAAAUAUCAGGAUUGAAGACAAAGGGGAGUACAUGUGUAAAGUCCACGCAGAUACUGGUUCUGCUAAUACCACAGUACAAAUACAACCAUUGGGCUUUUCAUCUCUGCAUAGAUUCAUCCUUGUUCUGGCCCUUGCUGUUACACCUUUAGUCCUUGUAACUUGUGCAUUGUCUCUUUGGGGUUUUAAGAAAAGAGAUGAAAGUAAACAAGCUCUGUGGAUACACUAUUUUCAUGUUACAUUGCCAAGCUUAAUGAUCUCCGUGGCAGUUGUCCUGUGGGGUAUAAUUGAAGCAUCCAAAGCAGAAGCAUUUGCUACUACUGCUGUUAAUGUUAUGAGGAUUCUGAUGUUGUUUAAGAUGGCUCCAUAUAUCAAUUUAUUUCCAGGAAUACUGGAAUAUAUAUUCAAAUUCAUGAGUUUCCAUUUGGAGCAUACUGUUAUUGUAACAGGAUUACUUGUUGUUUAUUUCAGUGAUUUUUUGAAGAAACAUUCCCCAGUUUUAGGGGUCCAAGUGUUUUUGGGAGUUCUCAUUGCUGUUCCACUAAUUGCAAGCAUCGCAUUUACUUUUUAUCAAGUAGCGAGAAAAAGGAGCAUGAUGGCAAGGGCCAGUCCUCUUCCGGGGAGCCUCAGACACUUUCACAGAGCCUUCAAACCAAUGUUCCCAUUAGAUUAUUUCAUUCUGACUCUCCUCACCACAGUUGGAAUUUUUCUUUUUUUGAUGAAUUUCUGUUUAUGUAGGAAAAUCUUCACUGGGAUUUUAUUCAUACUUAAUGUAAUAUUCAGUUUCCGAUACCUGGAUAUGGCCCUAGAAAAUGGAAAAGAACAUUCUGUGGUUUUACCUGUUUUUGGAUUUCUCUGCAUUCUGACUGCCACAUCCUGUUUUUCUGGUGACAGGGAUUUGCCUGCCACACCUCACAGCAUCGUGUACUUCUCAGGGGCUGUUGGCCUUCCUCUUAUGAAUUCCAUUACAUUAAGUGUAGCAUUAAUGCUGAAAGCAGAAAGAGGAGAACAGACUGUAGAUCUUCCACUGAUCACCAUAUGCUUUGAAUCUGUCUUCCUGCUUAGCUGGUUCACUGUGAACGUGUAUGCCUACUAUAUUGAGAAUGAGGAGAAAUUGAAAAAGGAGCUGCAUAGUAUUGUGAAAUGUUGUGGCUACUCCUUACCCAGUGAGAGAUCACCUGAUAUACCAGAAAUGACACCAUUACCGUCUUCUGACCUGAAUACAACAGGGUCACGGGGGAACCGGAGCCUACCCGGCAAAUUUGCCCCUUUGGAUUCUGUUUCCAAUGAUGAGGUGGAACCAGAGGUCCUGUUCGUGGUGGAGGUGGAUGCUUCAGAGACCGGCGUAGGAGCCAUACUGUCUGAACGCCUGGUAGACCCACCUAAACUGCAUCCACGUGCCUUUUCCUCUUGCAAGAUGUCACCAUCCGAGAGAAAUUAUGACAUUAGUAAUUGGGAACUCCUAGCGGUGAAGAUAGCUCUUGAGGAAUGGAGGCACUGGCUGGAGGGGGCUCGGCACCCAUUCACGGCCCUCACAGACUAUAAGAACGUGGAAUACCUGCAGAAGGUGAAGCGCCUUAACCCCCGUCAAGUCAGGGGUCUCCGGGGCCCCUACCACUCCAAAAAGCUGAGUCCACACUACAUCGGGCCUUUCAAGAUCCUCUGCCGGCCGCAGCUAGCUGCUCCUCCUCCGAUUCUCCUCCAUGGUGGUGCCACACCGGCCUACGCAGUGAAACCAUUGCUGGACUCCCGUUGGCGAGGUGGGGUCCUACAGUACCUCGUCAAUUGGGAGGGAUAUUGA